AUGCAGGCUGCCAUUAAGAGGGAAAUAGGCGAGUCUGUCUCCAGCAAGGAAAUUGAAGAGUUCUUCAAAAGGCUCUUUCCGAUUGGGGAUCCUUCGAAAAUAGUGGAAAUGUUCACAGCAUCGCUUAUGGACAAAUCUCCGGAGGGCGUGUACGAGCUAAUUCUGACAUGCAGAAACAGCAAAAGGGAGUUUGCCCGAUGGGUAUACAAGUGUGUUACGCUGGCGCAGAGCGCAGAAAAAGAGGGGGCUGAAGGCCUCUCUUGCGGGGGCAUAAAAAAUGCAGCUAACGCGCUUUCAGAAAAUCUUUCAAACAUGACAGGGAUUUCGUCAUCGCCGUGCACAGGCCUUCCGGAGAGCGAAAGUGAGUUCAUCGACAUGUGCCUUGCAUCAGAAAGGUUCCAGAAAUCCUGGAGUGUUUUAAGAUUGUGCUCCUUCUGA